UCCACGGUCCCUGAAUAGACGCCUCAGCCACAUGCGCCACGAGUUUGCCGCGUUUGUCUCAUCCUCACACCUGCUAUCUCGAACCACACAUGCAAGCUCACUGCCGACAUCCUUUCUACACGAUGCGCGCAUAGAUAUGCCCAUUCAGUCUCGAGUUCAUAUAUGCAUAGGGCAUGUUCAGCUCAUCGUCCCAUCAGUCCGUCCCCGGACACGCCGAAUCGUCAUCCAGUCGAGGAGCCAGGCAACCGACUGUCGAAAGCGAUCUGAGCGAAGAAGAGGGAUUGUUGAACGAAGAUCCCUUGGGUAACGGCUUACCAGAACAAGUUUCGUUUAAGCGCAAGCAGAAAGCCGCUGCGCCGUCGUCUUCGUCAUUCGGAAUCCCGCGAUUCUUCUCAUCCCAUACCAGCUCAAGUAGAAGCUCGCCCAAUGGAAAAUCCCCGCAAUCGCGAUUGCAACCGAUUCGUACCACUCCGCACUCGAAUGAUGACACGGAAGUUAUCUUAGAUUAUCUCGAUGCACCGGGCAACGCCGGCGAUCACCUACAAGACACAAAAGAUGCAACCGGUCUGGAUUGGUACGUGGAAGGACCAGGUCGCAGGGUUGGCUACGAUGACCUCACGGCGAUUGACUGGAUUUUCGAGUACGCCAAGGAACGACAACGUCUGAGGUACUUAUACGCCAGCGCAUCUGGCAUAUUGGGCCAUGUGAAACAAAUUGCAGAUGCGAGCCAGAUAUGGCUAGUUCUCAUUGCGGCAGGCAUACUGAGCGGAGGUAUAGCGGCCUUUAUCGAUGUUGCGAGCGACUGGCUAGGCGACCUCAAGACGGGGUACUGCAGUAAUGUGGAUGGAGACGGCCGUUUUUACCUCAAUAAGGGAUUCUGCUGUUGGGGCUACUCGGAACUGUCCCAAUGUCACGAUUGGCACCCGUGGAGCAGUGCGCUGGGGAUCAAGUCUACAGGGGGCGGAUGGAUUGUUGAAUACAUCUUCUUUGUUGUAUUCUCUGUAUUAUUCGCUGCUUGCGCCAGCCUGCUUGUCCGCGAAUUUUCGACGUACGCGAAACACAGUGGUAUCGCUGAGAUCAAGACGGUCUUGGGAGGAUUCGUAAUAAGACGUUUCUUAGGGGCAUGGACAUUGAUUGUCAAGACGCUGGGCUUGUGCUUAGCAGUUGCUUCAGGGUUAUGGCUCGGGAAGGAAGGACCGUUGGUGCACGUUGCAUGCUGUUCAGCUAAUUUAUUCAUGAAGUUAUUCAGCAAUGUCAAUGACAAUGAAGCAAGAAAGAGAGAAGUGUUGUCAGCUGCGGCAGCUGCAGGUAUCUCUGUGGCGUUCGGCUCGCCCAUUGGAGGUGUUUUGUUCAGUCUGGAACAAUUGUCCUAUUAUUUUCCAGAUAAGACCAUGUGGCAAAGUUUUGUUUGCGCCAUGGUCGCCGCCGUCACAUUGCAAGCAUUUAAUCCAUUCCGAUCGGGUAAGCUCGUUCUGUACCAAGUUACCUACCACAGUGGAUGGCAUGAUUUUGAACUGGUUCCGUUUGCAUUCCUUGGUAUUCUUGGUGGGCUAUACGGUGGGCUUUUCAUCAAUCUCAAUAUGCAGGUUGCAGAGUGGCGGAAGAACCGAACGUACCUCAAAGGGCCUGUCAGAGAGGUGGUCAUCGUGUCUUUCGUCACUGCACUGGUAAACUAUCCGGUCAAGUUCAUGCGAGCGCAGGCCUCUGAGCUCGUAUACUUUCUCUUUGCGGAGUGCGUGGACUUGUCCGAGGACACGUUGGGGCUAUGCAAGGCUGGGAAAGCAAAUACGGGCGUCAUAGCUCUGCUUUUAGCAUCCGCUUGUCUCGGUAUCAUACUGGCCAGCUUCACGUUCGGCCUGCAGAUUCCAGCCGGAAUCAUUCUUCCCUCGAUGGCUAUCGGAGGUUUGUACGGACGAGCAGUGGGAUUGUCCGUUGAAGUUGUGCAGCAGGCAUGGCCCAGUCUUUUCAUCUUUGGAUCGUGCGAGCCGGACAUGAAAUGCGUUACCCCUGGAACAUAUGCCAUUGUCGGAGCCGCAUCCGCACUUGCUGGGACAACACGAAUGACCGUUUCAAUCGUCGUUAUCAUGUUCGAAUUGACUGGUGCACUUACAUACGUCCUACCCAUCAUGAUCGCCGUUAUGAUCAGCAAGUGGAUUGGCGAUGCGAUUUCACCUCGCGGUAUCUAUGAGUCCUGGAUACACUUCAACGGUUACCCUUUCCUAGAUAACCGCGAUGACAACGGUUCCUCCAUACCGGACGUAUCUGCAGCUCAGGUCAUGACCCGAAUCGACGAUCUAAUGGUCAUAACUGCAACCGGGCACACUAUCCAAAGCCUUCGCGAUCUUCUAAAACAAAAUCGCUUCCGCGGUUUCCCAAUCAUCGACAAUUCCCGCGAUGCAAUUUUGCUUGGCUAUAUAUCACGCACCGAGCUCGCCUACGCACUAUCCGCCGCCCUUUCGCCGUCGCGAGCCUUUUCUCAGGACACGGAAGCUUAUUUCUCUCAUCAACCACUGUCAGACCCUACGACCUCUUUAGAUCUCCGACCUUGGAUGGAUCAAACGCCAAUCACAUUGAAUGCGAGAGCAAGUUUCCAGCUCACGGUGUCCAUGUUCCAAAAGUUGGGAUUACGUUAUGUGCUUUUUGUUGAAAAGGGAACGCUGAAAGGACUGCUAACUAAAAAGGAUGUCUGGUACGUAUUGAAUGGGGUAGAAGACAACGAGCAGGAUGAAGAUGGCAACGUCUUUGGGAGGGGUGUCGCUCGAGAAGAGCCUGACGAUGACGACGAUGCAAAUGAGGGCAGAGGCCUGCUCACGGGCGAAGAAGAUGACGAUGACGGAGGGUUCAUGGGCCAAAGAAGGAUAUGACGCUCAGGUAUAUAGACUUUUCUUGAUUUACUACCCAUGUCGGACACAGUCUUCGCUUUCGCCUUCCGUCAUGUGAUUGAUGGCUUUGCCACAGGUACCGUAGAACUAACAGCUCUUUAGACGGCGGUUUCAUGGCGCCAGGACAUGCACAUUGUAUCGCAGGGCUCAACGUGAUGGUGAAAGCGCCCAGAAAUAGAACUAUUCGCGCGACGUGUUUCUCCACAAGCAGGCUAAAACAGAUUGCGUGUCCAAUCAC